AUUUCAAGUGCUUAUACGAAACGUACAGUAUUGGAAACGAAUUAUGUACCUUGUUCUGUGAUAUUUAUUAAUGUAAUAUUUUAAGGGUGGUUGUGUAGAUUUACACAACAAAAUAAAGCCUACAACAAUGCGCUACAACGAAGGAUCAGCAUUAUAUGUAUUACUAUUACUAGUUGUAUGCGUAGAAGUAUACACGACAAGCGCGAGACAUCUGAUUAAGAAAAGAAAUUAUAGUGAUCAAAGCGUAAGAGGUUAUUUGGCUGAGAGAACUUGUUGGUGGAACGAAGUGUGUAAAGAAGAAUUUCACAGUAAAUUUCGAUGUCGUUGUCCAAGAUGGUCUUAUUGCCGUGCUCCUGGUAGAUAUUAUGAUGCACAUUGCAGCAUGACACGGACUGGCUAUAUUUGGACUCAACCAGACACUUCGUUGACAGUCGAAAUUAAUAAAUGAGACAUUUUCAUACAUUUUUUACUAAUCAAAAUGUCAUGAUAUCAAAUUCACGUUACACGCGAAUAGCUUCGCGUCUUAUAGAAAUUUAUUCACGUAUAUUAGGAAAUUAAUUCUUUACAUGCAUUAAUCAAAAAAGGAAGUUUAGCACAAUUACUGUACGUUAAAUACAGUUGUGAUCAAUGUAUAUUUCUUAUACCUAUUUUGUGCAAUCUUCUCUUUUAAAAUAGUAAUUGAAGAAAUUUGAAAAAUCGAAUAUUUGAUAUUUCAGUUAUAUCGAUAUAUCGAUCCUUCAAAAUGGUUCACCGUGUAAUAGUUUCGUUUCUUCUGGCUUGACAAUAUUUUAUUGGAAAAAUGCAUUAGAUCACCUGAAAGUGAGUAUUUUUCGAGUAAUUAUUAGUUUAAAAUAAACAAAAAUGUUGUUUUACAUUGUUUUAAUAUUGGGAUGACUAAUGGCGAUUGAAAAACUGACCAAACAAAAUACCGAUGAUGCAUAUUCGUUUAUUAAGAAACAUAUUUAUUUAGUUUCAUACAACAAUAAAUUCUUAUAGCAACAACACAGUGUUCAAUCACGGGUUUGUAUUAAAUAAA